AGAUUUGUGUGCCUUAGUAAUCAAUCAGAAUAUUAUCAGGUGUUCAAUAAUGUUGAACUUUUUCAAUGUUCAGAUGUCGCCCCGUAGGGAACCCGAUCAUCCGGCUCCUACUCAGGCCACAGUAGUUGCAAAGUUCCGCGACUAUCAUGCCGAAAAAUUCUUCAGGCAAGGAGAUCCCCGUGUCGUAGACGAGUGGAUUCAGGGCCUGGAGUUUAUCUUCGAGGUCAUGGAUUGCCCCGAUAGAUAUCGCGUAAUCUGCGCUCAGCUUCAGCUUAUUGGUGAUGCUCGGCUCUGGUGGAAUGCCUACUGGAGCAUGCGUCCCGGAGAAAAGGAGGGUUGUACAUGGGAUAGGCUCAAGGAGCUGAUCCGCGAGAAGUACUACCCCAGUUACUACAGAGCAGAGAUGGAGCGUCAGUUCUUAUCGCUCCAGCAGGGUACUCGUACUGUUGACGAGUAUGAGAGGGAGUUCACUAGACUUGCAGCUUUCGUUCCUGAUUUUGUUCGCACGGAGGCCCAAAGAGCACAGCGUUUCAUUGACGGGCUUUACCCAACAGUCCGUCAUAACAUCGUAGGCCACGGGACACAGACGUACGCUC